AAAGUAAGAGUUCUUAUAUGUGGUAGUUUGGAUACAUUUUACAACAAAUAUCUUUUUCUAGUUACGCCAAGCUCUAGAUUUUAUUGGAUAGCAUGUGGAGGUCAAAUUUAGAAUUCAAAUGUUGUUGUGGACAACGGGCGGCCUUGAAUUCAAAAGGUUGAUAUACUGAUCGGAUAACUCUGAAAUUGAAACUGUUUUAGAAAUAUAUGACUAAUUCUUAAAUCCAUAUUCUUUGUUGUGUACUACUAUGUUUACUAUAUUGAAUACUAUAUUUAACAGAUUCAUCUCUCAUAUUAAUCCGUCAUUGCUCAUGGUGAGAGCUUUUAAACAAUCCCUUACGAAAAUGUAGCAUUGUUAUACUACAGUUGAAACCAAAAAAACAUGGUUACUGUAGUAAAACAAUGGUUAUCACAAAAUAACCAUGAUUUUGAAAAACAUGUUUUUUAUAAAAACCAUAGUAAACGAUGGUAACUGUAGUAAAAUCAUGGUUGAGCCCCAAGUAAUUGUACCAAAAAAACCUAACCCUAACCUGCAGCAAAAAAACAUGGUUACCACACUUGUACCACAAAAAAACAUAGUUAAUUUUUGACAGGUAUGUUACCCAAGAUGAAAAUUUCAUUGAAUUAGAUUGUUGCAUGUUUGUACUUUAAACUUCACCACUAGAAAAACCUAAAAAAAUCUCUCAAAGUAAAUCAUGACAGCACAGUGUUCGAACCCACAGCCUACUGGGUAUGAGAAAAGAUCGUUAUCAAACACCACAAUGCACCAACACAAGAAAAUUUGAGUCGCGGCAUUCUUUCAACGGAAGGUGGCGUUGUAUGCUAAGUCACAGAUGGGCGAACAACGCAAAUAAUUGUGCAAGCUUCUUCCUCAACCUCCGAUGUCACCCCUAGGCGGAGGCGUCAGUACACGGGCAGCGGCAGCACCAGCACCCCUCCCGGAUUGAACCACCGUCACUGUACGCUCAAGGGAAACGAUCGCCAUAGUGAACUUAAACACGAAGCUCCCGCAGUCAUUCGACCCGUUGCGGAGAGGAUAUCGGCAUACGUUUAAACGCUAUCGGACGGGCAAGAGCGCGUUGUUUUCGUCUAAAACGAGACUCGUGUUUGUGUGUUCGUGGAGUGUGGAAGACGGCAUCCGGCCUCCGAGAAGCAGGCGAGGGCAGGGACUUGGGUCCGAACAACGUUUGUCGUCUCUGGCCCCCCGCUGCUUCACAGGCCCAUGGAGAAGAUGAAGAGGUUUAAGAGACGCUUGUCUCUCAGCCUGCGCGGAAGCCAGACGAUCGAUGAGUCGCUCUCCGAGCUGGCCGAACAGAUGACCAUCGAGGAGAACAGCAGCAAAGACAGCGAGCCCAUCGUGAGGAAUGGCCGCCCACCAACAUCUCACAGCAUGCACUCGUUUUUGCACCAGUACACCGGAUCCUUCAAGAAGCCUCCCUUACGCCGGCCGCACAGCGUCAUCGGGGGCAGUCUGGGGUCCUUCAUGGCCAUGCCCCGAAACGGCAGCCGUCUCGAUAUAGUUCAUGAGAAUCUGAAGAUGGGUUCUGACGGAGAGAGCGAUCAAGCCUCAGGGACGUCCUCCGAUGAAGUCCAGUCGCCCACCGGCGUGUGUCUCCGCAGCCGGACGCAUCGCCGCAUAUCAAUGGAGGACCUGAAUAAACGUUUGUCUUUGCCUGCUGAUAUCCGGAUUCCUGACGGUUACCUGGAAAAGCUGCAGUUGAGCAGCCCAUCGUUCGACCAACCCCUCAGCCGACGGUCACGCAGAGCUUCUCUGUCAGAAAUCGGGUUUGGGAAACUGGAGACCUACAUCAAACUGGACAAGUUGGGAGAGGGGACGUACGCCACUGUCUUCAAGGGGCGGAGCAAACUGACAGACAACCUAGUGGCUCUGAAAGAAAUCCGAUUGGAGCACGAGGAAGGCGCUCCGUGCACGGCUAUCAGAGAGGUCUCGCUACUGAAGGAUUUAAAGCACGCCAACAUCGUCACGCUUCACGACAUCAUCCACACGGACAAAUCCCUCACACUGGUCUUUGAGUACCUGGAUAAAGAUCUGAAGCAGUACAUGGACGAUUGCGGGAACAUCAUGAGCAUGCACAACGUUAAGAUUUUUCUCUACCAGAUCUUGCGAGGCUUGGCGUACUGCCACAAACGCAAGGUUCUGCACAGGGACCUGAAACCACAGAAUCUGCUCAUCAACGAGAGGGGAGAACUCAAACUGGCUGACUUUGGUCUGGCACGAGCCAAGUCUGUCCCCACAAAGACGUACUCAAAUGAGGUGGUGACCUUAUGGUACAGACCUCCUGAUGUACUCCUGGGGUCUUCGGAGUACUCUACCCAGAUCGACAUGUGGGGUGUUGGGUGUAUAUUUUAUGAAAUGGCUGCAGGUCGGCCGCUGUUCCCAGGUUCUACGGUCGAAGAUGAGCUGCAUCUGAUCUUCAGAUUACUGGGUACACCAACAGAGGAUAACUGGGCCGGCAUCUCAUCCAUCGAAGAGUUCAAAUCCUACAACUUCCCCAAAUAUAAGCCUCAACCCUUCAUCAAUCACGCACCGAGAUUGGAUACUGAAGGAAUAGAGUUGUUGUUGUCCUUUUUAAGGUAUGAGUCCAAGAAGAGAAUCUCUGCGGAUGAAUCAAUGAAACACUCCUACUUCAAGAGUCUGGGCAUGCGUAUGCACACACUGCCAGAAAAUAUUUCCAUAUUUACACUGAAGGAAGUGCAGCUGCAAAGAGAUCCCGGUUACAGGAACUCCUCAUACCCAGAGACAGGAAACGGCAAGAACAGAAGACAGAGCAUGUUGUUUUAAGCUGUGUUCCCUCACUCACUUGCUCAUUACGAACACACUCACUCAAGCACACAGACACAUUUGACGGAUUAGGUUGUUGGCUCUUAUUCCGUGACUGUGUUGUACAGACUAACUGACAAGCCCCCCUCAAUCUCUGAGAAGAGGGUGUUUAGUGUUCACGUGCGCGCGUGGUGAAAGGGGAUUGGUCGAACCCACUGUCUGUCUCCCCCAGCGUCCCACCUCCAGCAUGCAGCCUUGAGCCAGAACGCCCAACGCCCCUCGUCUGGAUGCCCUCCCCUUCUCUCGGGCGACGGUUAGGGUGUGCGAAUGUGCGCGAGCGUGUAUAUAUUUAUUGAUGGGGGAGAGAUGUUUUGCUGCUAAUUGACUACUGUCUCUUCGUAAAUUCCUCACUCUUGGGCGACCCCGAUCCUGGUUGCCAUGGACGCAUCAGUCCGAUGUCGAGUUUUUGUUCUUUUAUUUUGUUUUUUGAAGAUGAGUUUCUUAAAAAUGUUGAUACCGCAGCUGUCUGUUUGUCGUGUUAAUUUUACGAGUGUGUUUUGAUUUCGCUUUUGUUUGUUUUCUGGCACGGUGAGGAACAUGCGCUUCAACCGAAACGGAGUGACACGAAACAGCCCCCUUUGAAGAUCCAUUCCAGAUCUUUAUUUGAAGAUGCUCUGGAAACAAACCCUCGUCAAUGCGUCGCUCCGAUGUGGGAUUUCUUCUCUACUGAGAAGUUCCAUGACCUUCUCAGCCAGAUUCAGAAAAGCUUCAGAAAGCUCUGGAUCUGUCAGGAUUGCUUCUGUAAGUUUGGAGAGCACUAGAGAUUCUGCCCUUCACGGGACGUCCAGACGGAGCAAAGCAGCGAGGAGAGAGUCGAAAACAAACACUGGACUAGCGGGAACCACGUGACCUCACCGAUCCGUCUGAGAACCGGACCAUCUUAUCUUAACCUUCCUCGUUUUGUUUUUUAAUCAUUUUAGAGUGAUAACAUUCUGUCUGAAGUGCUUGUUUGCCAGAUCUUUUGUUUGGUUUCCUUAGGCAUCAUCACAACCCGUUACACAAAUGACUUAUUCCUAUGAAUGCAUCUCCUCUGUAGCUUCUGAACGUGUGUGUACGUAAUGCUUGUACGAGCGAGUGUGUGUAUGUGUGAAUUGAGAUGAUUAACUGAACAGAGACACGUUGCUUUGUGCCAGUGCUGGCUGUGAAGAUGAGCUAGUUUCAUUAACAGUAUUAAGAAUAUUUUUUAUUGUUGCAUAUUGACCCUUCUGUGAAUAAUGGUCUCUAUAUGUGGCAUGUUGGAGUCCCACAUUCGUGCUUGGUUUUAUUCAGAAGAGAAACAUUUUGUGUGGAUUUAAAAAGGAAAAGUAACAAAAAAAUGUCAAUUUUGACCGAUGCAUUGGACCAACGUUUCUUUUCCCCAGCAUUUAUAGACAUGAAGAAUGCAGAAGAUGAGCAGGUUUUAGAUGACUGUUUUUUUUCUUUUUAAACUGACAGAUGUUAUUAAUGUUGUAAUAUUGGAGACGAGCGUUUCUGGAGAAUGCGUGCGUGAUUGCGCGUGUGUACGUGACGCAUGGAACGCGUGGUGUCUGUAAGCUCCGCCUCCGUGAAACGCUGACGCUCCCGGCUGAAUUGACCGUUUAACUCUUUGUACUGCAGAUAUUUAUUUCUUAUUCAGUGAAGUAAAGAUGGUCUGUUUCAUACAAAGAAUCCUGUCAUUUGUUUACAUUAUUUCUGCGUGUUUGUGUUUAUAAGUGAAACCCUUAUUUCGUUUUGGACGCGGAAGACCGCGUCGCAUUCAAAGCUUUAUUUAAAAAACACAAGGCACAUUUUCUGUACCCUAGGAAAGCAAAAAUAAUAUAAAUGAAUAUGAGAAUACAUUUUUAAUCAAUUCCUUAAUGACAAAUAUUACCAGAAGCUAUUACAAAGCUUUUCUUUCCGAUAUGAAAUGGAAUUUCGUCUAUUACAAAAUUGUUUUUAAGCAGGAAAAUAAUACAAACGCACAAUUCUUACACGGGGAAAAAGGCACAGCCGGUAGUACAUUUGAAGCACAGUGCAUACAAUGCAAUAUUAUACAAUACAAUACCAGACAAACGAACAAAAACCCAGUUCACAGCCUCAAAAAUAUAUAUUUUUUAAAAGAGACUCAAAUGCUAAUGAGAUUUCUCAAAUGUUUUGCACUUAAAAAACAUAGUUUUCCAAACUGAGAAUUUUUUUAAGAGCACCUAAAAUGUGAUUUGUGUACUGAAGAGGACAAUACGGGAAGGAAAGCUUUGCUUGUAAGAUGAUGCUGAAGGUGCUUCAAUACGUAUUUCUUCACAACCAUCAAGUGUCCAGAACUGUACUUCGUCUCGGAGAUAUUUCGAAGUAAUUUGCCGGAAGGCACGUCAUGAAUGCGUUCAUUUCCAAGGCUGCAUUUCCACUGACUGUCCGUGUCCUCGUACGGUCACUUCAUGUUCUUUGGCAUCAUGUCGUAAUCGUUUCUAUUCGAGGAGUUUGUGAGCUGUUUGGAUGGCAGCCCGAGUUAGAAAAAUACCUACACAGUUUGCUGGUCCGUUUGUGAAACAAGAAAUCUGCGAGUGCUAUACGUGUCGACGGCCACAAGGGGGCGAAGUGCAGUCUGGCUCAAAAUCCAUGAAGGUCCAUAAUUCCUUUAUUAGUGUAAGAGUAUAACUUGGGGUACACAGAUUGUCCGCGAAUCAGGACUUCUGUGCACCGGAAGACAGGAGAAGAGAAGAUGGUGGGGAGGAC